AUGAGCUCCACGACAAGCUCGCAGUGGGGCGAGUGGCCCGCGGUCAAGGUGCGACAGACCUACCUCGACUUCUUCAAGCAGGCCCAGCACACCUUUGUGCCUUCGUCAUCGACGAUCCCCUACGAGGAUCCGACCUUGCUCUUUGCCAAUGCUGGGUAAGUCGGAGCCGGCGCGUGGGCGUACAUACCGAGCGCCGCAGGUGACUGACUGACUGACUGACUGACCACAUCCACCUACCCACAGUAUGAACCAGUACAAGUCCAUCUUUUUGGGCACCGUCGACCCUUCGUCGUCCUUUGCCAAGCUCAAGAGGGCCGUCAACUCGCAAAAGUGCAUCCGAGCAGGCGGCAAGCACAACGGUCCGUUCAUCGCUCACUUUGGCCCCAAAGUCCGGCAGCAAGCCCUGAAACCUCCCUCACCUUGCACCCCCUAGAUCUUGACGACGUCGGAAAGGAUACGUAUCACCACACCUUUUUCGAGAUGCUCGGCAACUGGUCCUUUGGCGACUACUUCAAGGUACGCAAUCAUCGAUGAAAACCCCCCGGAGACCUUGACCCUUUCUUGGCUCACUCGCUCGCACGGCUCCCACCGCACAGAACGAAGCCACCGAAUUCGCGUGGAAGCUCUUGACCGAGGUGUACGGCCUCCCCAAGGACCGCCUCUACGUCACUUACUUUGAGGGUGGCUUUGGAUUACCCCCUGAUCUCGAGACCAAGAACUUUUGGCUCGCCCUCGGCGUCGAGGAAGAUCACAUCGUCCCCGGAAAUGCCAAAGACAACUUUUGGGGUCAGUCGUAUGAACAAGAGCUUUGUUUCAUGAGCUGCACUGAUUCGGCCGUUCUCUACUAUUCGUAGAAAUGGGAGCCACCGGCCCGUGCGGACCUUGCACCGAAAUCCACUACGACCGCAUCGGUGGCCGCAACGCCUCGUCGCUCGUCAACCAGGACGACCCCGACGUCCUCGAGGUGUGGAACCUCGUCUUCAUCCAAUACAACCGCGAAGCCGACGCCUCGUUGCGCACCUUGCCCGCUCAACACGUCGACACCGGAAUGGGCUUCGAGCGCCUCGUCUCGGUCUUGCAGGAUAAGCGAUCCAAUUACGAUACCGAUGUUUUCGCACCUCUCUUCAAACGAAUUCAGGAACUGACCGGAGCGCGUGAUUACACGGGCAAGUUGGGCGCCGAGGACAAGGACGGCAUCGAUACCGCUUACCGCGUCGUCGCCGAUCACGUCAGGACUUUGACUUUUGCCAUUUGCGAUGGGGGUGUGCCGAGCAACGUUGGACGAGGUUACGUCCUUCGACGAGUGUUGCGACGUGGAGCUCGAUACGUUAGGAAAAAGUUUGGGGUCUCGAUUGGUCAUUUCUUUUCGGACCUUGUGCCGACUUUGACGGAGCAGAUGGUUAGUACUCCCUGUGCAUGGACGAUCCUCCCAUCGAGUGAAACUGACACUCAGGACGUUUCUUUUUUUCAACAGGGCGACUUCUUCCCCGAGAUUCAGGGCAAGUACGACGACUUGAAGGAGAUCCUCGACGAAGAGGAAGAAUCCUUCUCGCGCACGCUCGACCGGGGAGAAAAGCUCUUCGACACCUACGUCGCCGCGGCCCAAGCUUCGGGAGCCAAAGAACUCGCCGGUAGGGACGUUUGGCGCUUGUACGACACCUAUGGCUUCCCCGUCGAUUUGACGCUCUUGAUGGCCGAGGAACUGGGCUUGACGAUCAACCAGGAUGACUUUGAGAAGGCUCAGGAGGCGAGUAAGGAAGCUAGUAAAGGCGCGGGAAAGAAGGGGGAUGGGCAAAGCGUUCGUCUCGACGUGCACGAUAUCGCAGCGCUCGAGGCCAACGCCACUGUACCCAAGUCCGACGACUCGUUCAAGUUCGGAUUGGGUAACGUCGAUGCGACCGUCAAGGCCAUCUACCACGAGAGCAAAUUCUUCGACUCGAGUGCCGAAGUCCCCGCUGGCGCGACAUUCGGAAUCGUGUUGGACAAGACGAACCUGUACGCCGAGUCGGGUGGACAGGAACACGAUACGGGUCGUAUCGUUAUCGACGGAUCGGCCGAUUUCGCCGUCGGCGAUGUUCAGGUCUUCAACGGUUACGUCUUGCACAUUGGCUCGAUCAAGGAGGGUACGCUCAAGGUCGGUGAUGGCGUCGUCGCUUCGUACGAUGAGCUUCGACGAUGGCCCCUUCGCAACAACCAUACCGGAACCCAUAUCCUCAACUUUGCCCUCCGCGAAGUCCUCGGCGAUCACAUUGACCAAAAAGGUUCGCUCGUCGCUCCUACCAAACUGCGCUUCGAUUUCUCCCACAAGGCCCCGAUCCCGACGAAUGACUUGGCCAAGAUCGAGGAGUUGUCCAACGCCUGGAUCAAGAAGAACGUCAAAGUAUUCAGCAAGGAAAUGGACCUCAAGACUGCUCAACAGAUCCCCGGUUUACGCGCCGUCUUUGGAGAAGCCUAUCCCGACCCCGUUCGAGUCGUCACGCUCGAAUUCAGUAUUGACGAGAUUCAGAAGGAUUUGACGAACCCCAAGUGGAGGGGAACGAGUGUCGAAUUCUGCGGUGGAACGCAUGUUGCCAAGACGGGGGACAUCAAGGAGUUCGUCCUGAUGGAGGAAGCCGGUAUCGCCAAGGGUAUUCGACGAGUCAUUGCUGUGACGGGCGAGGAGGCCCACCAGGCUUCCCGUCUCGCGAACGAAACGGAAGCCAAGUACGCCUCGAUCGAGAAGUUGUCCGGCAAAGCCCGAGACUCGGCCCUCAAGACCUUCGAAACUGAACUCGCGACUGCCGAGAUUGGUGUCGUUCGAAGAGAUCAAUUGAAGGAAAGAGUGAAGGCGGCUAGGAUGGCCUUGAUCAAUGAAGGCAAGGCGUUCGAAAAGGAGGAAAGCAAGAAGGUCGCCGAAACCGUCGCGGAAUACUUUAAAACCAACCCCGAAGCCGAGGUCUUUAUCGCCUCGUUCGAACAGGCUCUAGCCAAUCCCAAGAUCUUGCAAGCGGGAUCGUUGCAGGCCAAAGCGCUCGAUAAGGCUGCGUACCUCUUCUCUGCUGAAGACGGCAAGGUCUUGCACCUCAACUAUGUUCCCAAGGCGAUGCAGAGCAAGUCUUUCACCGCCAAGACGUGGCUUACGGGCGUCGCUGCUAUCGUCGGUGGGAAAGGUGGAGGAAAGGAUGAUUCGGCGCAAGGUGUCGGUUCGGAACCGGCAAAGGUUCAGGAGGCGAUCGAGGAGGCCAAGAAGCUCUUUGCCGCUCGUCAAUAG